UAAAAAAUGAAAAACAAAGACUAGAUCGAAAAAUGAAAAACAAAGUCUAGAUCUAAAUCCAAAUUUUGUCAACUCUUGUUCAUUUUGCACCAACUCAUUCUCUCUCACACGCAGAGCAGAAAUUAAGAAACUCACCCCCCCCCCAAACAAAGAGCAGAAACAAUGGAAGAUGCUGGUGCAGCCGUCCUUCAAGUUCUGGUUCAAAACCUCAUCGACGUUUCCAAGAAUGAAAUCUCACUAAUCCGAGGUCUCGACAAAGAAGCAGCAAAGCUAACUGGGAGUCUCCACACCAUCCAGAAGUUCCUCAACGACGCGGAGGCGCGCACCAUCCCUGGCGAGGCUGUCAAGAGCUGGCUGAAGAAGCUUGAAGAUGUGGCGUUCGAUGCUGACAAUGUUUUGGAUGAGCUCAACUAUCAUCUCCUUUCCAAACAAAUUGAGCGCACCAAACCCAUGAAGGCGAAGGUACUAUCAUGCUUCUCAUCAUCCUUCAAUUCUAUUGCGCGUCCGAGAAAUAUGGCUGUUAAAAUCCAAGAAAUCAAUGAGAAUUUGGACUCCCUUCACAAAGAGGGAGCGGGGCUUGGCCUCAAUGAGAGGCUUGCUGCCGAUGUGCCCACUUUGCUUGAUGCUGCUAUUUUUGAAACUGAUUCAUUCACUCUUGAUCCAAUUUUUAUUGGAAGAGAUGAUGUUGCGUCGGAAAUAGUUGAGAUGCUUACCCCCAAUAGCAUCACAACUGAUGAACGCACAAUUUCCAUCAUUUCCAUUGUCGGUAUGGGGGGAUUGGGGAAGACGACAUUGACUAGAAAAGUCUUCAAUCGUCUCAAGGAUGAGACUCGGUUUGGAUCACAUAUUUGGGUGCAUGUUUCUCCUAAUUUUGAUCCAAUCAUUCUUUUCAAGAAAAUUCUCCAUGAGUUGACUUCUGACAAAGCUGAAAAUACGAGUAGACAGGAUAUUCUUUCAAAGAUUCAAAAAGCUUUGAAAGAUAAAUCCUAUCUUCUUGUUCUUGAUGAUGUCUGGAAUGAAGAUGGUUCCAAAUGGGAAGAUUUUAUGAAUUCCUUAUUGGGAGUUACUUCUGUCAAGAGAAAUGCAAUUGUUGUUACUACAAGAAGUAUGGAGGUUGCUUCAAUUGUGAAUCCACUUUAUACACAUGAGUUGAAAAGCUUAUCAGAGGAAGAUUGUUGGUCCAUAAUCAAAGUUAAAGCCUUCGGUGAAGGAAAUGUUCCUAUGGAAUUUGAGAGUAUGGGAAAAAAGAUUGCAAGAAGAUGCCAAGGUUCGCCAUUAGCGGCCAACGUGGUUGGGGGAGUGCUGCGCAAUAAAUCCCAAGAAAAAUGGCGUUCAAUCGAGGAGAAAUGGCUUUCACAAGAUGAAGGAGCUAAUAUCUCAAAAAUAUUGAGAUUGAGCUUUGAUAAUUUGUCUCCGCCAUUACUUAAGAAGUGCUUUGCGUACUGUGCGUUAUUUCCUAAAGGCUGGAAAAUUAUGAAACAGGAAGUGAUUGAGUUGUGGAUGGCAGAAGGGUUUCUUCAAGGUGAUGGAAGGGAUGACAUGGAGUCUUUGGGCGAAAACUUUAUCAACGUUCUUCUGCACAACUCUUUACUGCAAGUUUCAGAGAGAGAUGAGUACGGAGAUGUAGAAAGUUGUAGCAUACACGAUCUUGUGCACGAUCUCGCUUCUUCUGUUUCAAGUUCCUCUAACAAUACUGGUGGUAGCAGCCGAGUUCGAUACAUGACUCUCGGAGAUAUAACAAAUCCUAUCCCAAAAGAAAUGGCAAAAUCUCUGCGUACAUUAUUAUUGAAUGGUGAUAUUUCUGGUAUCAACUUCUCAGACUUGGAAAGUCUGCAUGUUUUACGUCUGGAGUAUGGAGUUGAAGAGUUGUCAAGUUCGAUUCGAAAGUUGAUACAUUUGAGACAUUUUGACAUUUCAGAGACUCAAUAUUUGCCGGAUUGGAUUGGUGAAUUCUUUCACUUGCAGACGUUGAGAGUAGACUCAAGAUGGUUGAAGAAACUGCCAAGUACGAUUAAGUACUUGAUUAACUUGAGGCAUCUUUAUAUUCACGAGGAUGUAGAGUUGCCUGCGGGAAUCGGGCGAUUAACUUCUCUCCAAACGCUGAAGUACUUCCCAGUGGGGGACGAGAAUGGGUGCAAAAUUGAAGAGCUCGGAAGUUUGAAUAAUCUUAAAGGAGGGCUACGGAUUCGCAAUCUGGAAAGGGUUCAUGACAAGGAAGAGGCUCGGAAAGCCAAUUUAUUCCAAAAGUCAAAAAUAUUGAAGUUGCGUUUGGAAUGGGGUAAUGAGAGAGAAGGUGAAAGAAAUGAUGAGAAUGUAUUGGAAGGCCUGCAGCCUCACUCAGAUUUGAAGAAGUUAAAGAUUUCUGGAUAUAAAGGUAGUAGGUUUCCAUUAUGGACUCAGAAGAUGGCAGUUGGAGAUGUGGUACUUAACAAGUUAAUGUCGGUAUCACUCUAUAACUGCAAAGAAUGUGAAGAGAUCCCAAUGUUGGGGCACUUGCCCAAUCUCAAGUCCCUUGUGUUGGGGAGAUUGGACAAUGUGAAGUGUAUAAAUUCAUCAUUCUACGGAAUGGUGAACAAGGACACACGCAUUGUUUUUCCAGCUCUCGAACAACUCAAAUUGUUGUUGAUGCAAAAUCUGACAGAGUGGGCAAAACUUGAAGUUUCAGGUGGAAGUGAAGUGAAGCUAUUUCCUCGCCUCCAACAUCUGGAAAUUAGUCGUUGCGAGCAAUUGAUGAGUGUUCCAAGUCAUGUCUCGUCAUGCCUUCAACAUUUGAAAAUUGAUGGAAUUGGUGUGGAAUGUCUCCCAGCUGAUUGGUUAUUCAGUAACAACCAGACUCUCUCUGAAUUGUAUAUAAGGGAGUGCCCCAAUUUGAGAGAAUUACGGCAUAGAGAUAGCGGUGGAGAACAAUCCCAACGAAGCUUCACAUCCCUUCGCAAACUCUGUAUUUAUAGAUGCGAAGCAUUGGAAUAUUUGCCGUGUGAAAUGCUAGGAUUCUCUCUUGAGGAGAUAUCGUUGGAGGGUCUAAGUAGCCUAAAGAAUCUACCAAAGGUAUUUGGCAGCCUUUCAAAAUCGCUUAGUCUGAAAAAUUUAUCAAUCGUUGGCGUUCCUAAAUUUAUGGCCAAUUGUUACGUUGAGACUCCACAUUUUCCCAAUUUGAGAGACGUAGAACUCGGUGUCAGUAUGAGCUCGAUGGAGGCUGUAGAUGGCAUAUUACAAGAAUGCUGCCACUCACUAAAUAAGUUAAUUCUGUUGGGGAUGGAAAGUUGUGAAUGCCUACCGGAAUCAAUUCAACUUCUCACUGCUCUUUCUGAGUUAUGGUUAUUUGAUUUUGGAAUGGAAGAGUUACCUGAAUGGUUUGGGAACCUCUCAUCUCUAAAGGAGUUGUAUUUAUAUAACUGCAAAAGGCUAAGGCGUCUACCCUCUAUGGAUGCAAUGCAUCGCCUCACAACAUUAAAACUACUAUGGAUUAGGGAUUGCCCGGAAUUAGUGAUUAAAAGAGAGGCAGCUGAUUCUGAAUGGCCCAAGGUUUCCCAUAUCCCUGAAAUCUACAUUAAUGGCCGCAUAUACAUUGCCGGUGUCGGUAAGUAUCAAAUAUAUGUGUUUGUUUGUUUAAUAGAAACAAUUAGUAUAUGUGUUUUAUUUGAAAAAAAUUCUAAUUAUCAUAAAUUGAGAUCACAGAGUUUCUAACUCGAUUGCUGUUAAUUUGGUGCUCCACUUCAUCUCAAUAUGCUUAAAGAUAUAGGAGAUUAAUUAUUUUGAGUUUGUUUACUAACAAUUUUACAGCCAGUCCUCAAUUUACCUUUUCCCAUUAAUUCUUUUUUUGUGUGGAUACAGAAAGUGGUACGAAGAAACGGUUGCAUUUGUGGUGCCUCUAAAGAAUUAGGAUGUGAAGCAAGGGAUCAAUGAAGAAGGAAUGAGUGGUUUACUUGUCUGGGCUUACAUGCACAGCGUGUUGCUUCUGCUGAGGGAGUUUCUCUGAUAGCCACACACACACUUCUCCUAAAGUAACGUUCGUCUGCACCCUCGUGUCGUCAACUACCGCAAGAAGUGUGGACACGCCAAUCAGUUGAGGCCGAAGAAGAAGAAGUAGACUGCUGGAUUGCUCGCUUAUCUUGUUGCCAUUUUGUCCCCUCUUCUUUACUAAUUGACAAUGAAAACUCUUUAGCUUGCACCAAUCAUAUAUCCUAUUUAAUAACAAUAAUUCAUUUCCACUCAACAAUUUAUCUUAAAACUCGAGUUAUUUUACAUGUGAUACAUUUUUACAAGACGGAUGGAAUAUAUAAUAUCACUUUUCAUUUAUAAUAAUAAUGAUUGAUAAAUAUAGAGGAAGUACAUGUCCUCUAUGAAUCCUAAUCAUCUUUUAGAUAUAUGCCAAUUCGGAAUUCCAACACGACAAAAUCUAUUGAAAAGAGGUGUGAUUCGCGAGCUUGAUGACAAGUGUCCUUUUUGCUCAACACAAAGUGAAUAUGUUGAACAUUUAUUUUUCUCCU